UCCACUAGAGUAUUGCGUCAGCGUCAGCGUCAGCGGGGAAUAGUCGCCAGUCGAACGUCGAACAGGUCGCGUAUAAUCGCAUCGCACACUUCGGUCGGUCGGAUAGAGAGAUACUAAACCGGAACACUGCAGCACUGCCCUGCACACUGGCACUGGUAGCAGCGCGUUUGUUGCAGGUUCAGUGGACUUCGUCGCGGAAAUCGUAGACCUCUGCUCUGAAGAACAACCGUCGUGUUGAACAGUGUGUUGUUUGGCGAUUUGCAAAACAAUUUGAAGAAUUUGAAAUCAACCGUAGCGGCUGGCUUUUCGGCAGUCAGUGUAUGAGUGCGGCUAUUCAAUUGCUGAAAAGAAGUGAAAAAUCAUAUGGCUAAACUACGAGCCUUCCAUAGCUACAUACUCCGCUGGUCUGUAAGCUAGCGUCACAUACGUGUACACACAUACAAACGGACGCACGGGGUGAGAGAAAGACGAACAGAGCUAAGUGAAAGAUACCUGUGCAGUUAAUGGAGAAAACGUGAUUCCUAAGGUUUACCAUCGCUGCUGCACUGCAAGUAGCGCUGCCAGCCGCCAUACAUCACAACACACUAACAGAGUCGUCGGAAAAGAGAAUAGCACAAAAACGUUGCCCGCGCCGUAAUUGCGAUGUUUUUCUGCUGGUCGCUGCAGCAGCAAUCCGACGAGGGAGCAACGACGACGACGACGACGACAUAGUAGUGUUUAUUAUCAUUAGAAACAAUUUUCAUUUAUGAAUGAUUUCGUAACAGGGCUGGGAUCGUCGUUCCAGGCUUUAGCAUCAGCAGCAGGUUUUAUUUUUUCGUAACGUUAACUUACCAGCGACAUAGGUGAAAUAGAGUCAUAGUGCUUGGUCCCUGGAUUUUGUAACCGCCUAGGGGCUAGUGACAGUUGUGAAAUUUGUUGGAGCUUUGAACCGUGGAACGACAGCGGUUAACUGCGUUGUGGCUGCUUGAUAAAUACUAUCAACGCAAUCUGAGUUACUGUUAUUAUAUUUUCCGUCAAGUUAACAAUAACACUCGUCCAAAAUGCCUAAAUCGAUGAACGUACGCGUCACGACGAUGGACGCCGAGUUGGAGUUCGCGAUACAGCAGAGCACCACCGGCAAGCAGCUGUUCGACCAGGUCGUCAAAACCAUCGGCCUUCGGGAGGUGUGGUUCUUCGGGCUGCAGUACACAGACUCCAAAGGUGAUCUGACGUGGAUUAAGCUGUACAAAAAGGUCAUGAGCCAGGACGUCCAGAAGGGUGACCCACUCCAGUUCAAGUUCCGUGCCAAAUUCUACCCGGAGGACGUCGCCGACGAACUGAUCCAGGACAUUACCCUGCGGCUGUUCUACCUACAGGUGAAGAAUGCGAUCCUCUCGGAUGAAAUCUACUGCCCGCCGGAGACGUCGGUGCUGCUGGCUUCGUAUGCCGUCCAAGCGCGCCACGGAGACUACAACAAGACGACACACACGCCCGGUUUCCUCGUUAACGACCGGCUGCUGCCCCAGCGCGUUAUUGAUCAGCAUAAAAUGUCCAAGGAUGAGUGGGAGAACUCGAUCACCACCUGGUGGCAGGAGCAUCGCGGAAUGCUGCGCGAAGACGCUAUGAUGGAGUAUCUGAAGAUCGCCCAGGAUUUGGAAAUGUACGGCGUCAACUACUUUGAAAUUCGCAACAAGAAGGGAACCGAGCUGUGGCUCGGUGUUGACGCCCUCGGGCUCAACAUCUACGAGAAGGACGACAGACUCACGCCGAAGAUCGGUUUCCCGUGGUCCGAGAUACGGAACAUUUCCUUCAACGAUCGGAAGUUCAUCAUCAAGCCAAUCGAUAAAAAAGCACCGGAUUUUGUUUUCUUCGCUCCUCGCGUUCGCAUCAACAAGCGCAUUUUGGCGCUGUGCAUGGGAAACCACGAGCUGUACAUGCGCCGCCGUAAGCCGGACACGAUCGAUGUGCAGCAGAUGAAGGCCCAAGCCAGGGAGGAAAAGAACGCUAAGCAGCAGGAACGCGAAAAGCUGCAGCUAGCGCUGGCCGCCCGCGAACGUGCGGAGAAAAAACAACAGGAAUACGAAGACCGACUGCGAACCAUGCAGGAAGAGAUGGAACGCUCGCAAGCGAACCUGAUCGAAGCACAGGACAUGAUCCGUCGUCUGGAGGAGCAGCUCAAACAGCUGCAAGCGGCCAAGGACGAACUGGAAGCACGCCAGAACGAACUGCAGGUCAUGAUCCGGCGCCUGGAGGAAACCAAGAACAUGGAAGCGGCCGAACGUGCCAAACUGGAGGAUGAGAUCCGCGCCAAACAGGAGGAGGUACAGAAGAUCCAGGACGAGGUCUCGAUAAAGGACUCCGAAACCAAGCGCCUGCAGGAGGAGGUCGAAGAGGCCAGACGGAAACAGGUAAAGCGUAAAAACGAAGCGGCAGCCGCACUGCUGGCCGCUACCACCACGCCCAAGCACCACCACGUCGAGGAGGAAGAGGACAACGAGGAGGAGCUGACGAAUGGCGAAAAUGGCACGCAGGACUUCUCCAAGGACUUCGACACCGACGAGCACAUAAAGGACCCCGUCGAGGAGAGACGCACGCUAGCCGAACGUAACGAGCGUCUGCACGAUCAGCUUAAGGCACUCAAGCAAGAUCUUGCCCUGUCCCGGGACGACACAAUGGAGACGGCGAACGACAAGAUCCACCGCGAGAACGUGCGCCAGGGUCGCGACAAGUACAAGACACUGCGCGAAAUCCGCAAAGGCAACACCAAGCGCCGCGUGGAUCAGUUCGAGAACAUGUAAGGAGAGGUGUGCGGGAUCCGAUCGAGAGCAGCAGCGGUAAUUUCUAACAAUAGUAGUUGAUAAUAGAAUAUAUAGUAGCAGUUUAUAGCAGAAGAAGAGGAAGAAGAAGAACUAGUAAUUAGGCAACGUUUCGGUAUAGGAUAUAAAAUGAUGAUAGAAUGCGAAGUCGCGAAGAAAACCCGCAGCGCGUGUGUGUGAUUAGAGUGAGGAGAGGAAAGCCCCCUAUCAACAACAGUUUGAGACGCAAGAUGGAAAGCAAUCACUGUUGUUAUUAAUGUAUUUUUAUUUCUUGUCUCUUGGUUGAUGGCUUCAUAUCUAUGUUUUACACACGCGCGCGCGCGUGUUUGCACAGACACACACAUGCAGAGAGAAACGAAUUCAUUGAAGGAAGAAGCUAGAAGAGUAGUAAGAUGAUUUGCCCAAGGCAAAUGAUAUUGACUAUUAUUUUGGUCGGUUGUGGCAGUUUACACAUACUAUCACAGGACACACACAGCGAGGCCAAUUUUCUGCUCCGCAAUUAACUACUACUAGUAGAUGAGAAGAGACAGCUGUUAAAAUACAGAAUUAGAUUUAUAGGACCAAAAAAAAACAGUGGUGGUUUGUUGUCUUCGAUUUAUACACUAUAUUCAUUCGAUUAUAAUAGAGCAUGUCUAUUUUAUUUGGAUAGAAUUAAUUUCCUUCCGGCAAAAGUAUUCUAGUAGCAGAGUUUUGCUUCUGUAUUUUUUUUUCAAGCGAAACUUUUUCAUUCCCUCCUGGUGUAUUUUUUUUAUUAUAUGUAGAAAUUAUGAGAAGAUAACUGAAUAAAAUAAAACAAUAGGAAAAAGCAAACGCGAUUGGUAGGAUGAACAAUGUUGUUAUAAUAUUGCUAGUGGUUUAGUAAACUAGACUAUUGAUUGAGGAUGGCAUUACCAGCCCGGAACGUGUGAGUGUUGGAUGAAGGAUAUGACUUGUAAGCUAGCCACACACAUACGCCCACACACACAAAAAAACGGCAUUCUAUUAUUUUAUUCGCACUCUCAAACACACACAUUCACAGAGAAACCGAGAGAGAGAGAGCAAAAUAUGGUCGACCAACGGUGGUCCUUGACACGAUUUGCUUUUGCUGGGCAGCAUUUUUCGCCACCUCGUGUGACCUUAGUGCAGACAGAUGCGACAGAAUUAGGGAGCGAAGAAAGGGAGUUAAAGAACUAACUAAUACUUAUUACUACUAGUUUUCCCUCAUGCUGUAAGCUUUGCGGUUACAGUUUCAACAGCGCGGAAGUGGGAAUUGUUUGUUCAUUUGACGAAUGUCUGCAAAUAAGCCAUGCGCUUCCCAAGAGAUCCUUAUUCUUGUUCUGCAUGGAGAAGUUCUUGUGAGCCUUGUCGGAUUUCUUGGUGGGUUUUCCGCUGGCUUUCGGUGCCAUUUUGGCAACAGAUUUGUUCUUAUGAAUUGAACUAAACUAAACUAUCGUCGAAAGUCAGUAAGUCCGGUUUAAAUCAGAAGAGCAUAAAGUGUCCGCCUUCUUUAUUUAGGAAAAGGAGCAACCGAAAAGUGACAGUUCAAAAAGGGCAAAGAUUCAAAGCUUGCUUUGUGCUCGACGUUCACGCCUAGCAACGAAAAAAAAAACUUCGUUCCCAUAGUGACGAGUAAGUGUUAUUAAAUUUUCCAGAUAUUUUACAGCAGCAAAUAUUUUCUCCUCGGCGUCGUUAAAAUUGUAACCACCGCGAAGAUUACAAAUCCAUUAAUUACUUAUUAAAUGAUAAUACACACGAGUAAGUGAAGAAGUGAAGAAGAAAAACAAGGGGAUCAAAAAUAAUGUAAUCAUCAAUUAUUAUUGAAGCGAAGCGGGGUAACCGCUGAGCAGCAGCAGCAGCAGAGCAGAAACGGGAGUAAGUUGUUAUUAAGUUUAAUCGAUUACUUGUAGGAAUUGAAACUAAGUUAAAAAACAAGCAAAAAAAGCAUAUAAAAAAGCAGAAGAAAACAUAUGUUGAUAAUUUUAGCGUUUAGGGAAUUCAAACAAUAACACAACAAUAAUAAUUUACCGAGCCGUUUUCGCACGCAAUCAAGCAAAGAAGAGGGCCCGUAAAAACGAUAACUUGAUUAACUAAAAGAUAGGGAUAUUCAUUCAUUGGUCUUCUGCUUGGUUGGUUGUCGAUGCGGAGAGAACGUUUUUGGGUUUGGUGCGAUUCCAGGCCACCCGCCUAGGUAUUGUACAUCUCUACUGCUGUAUUUAUUCACAUGUAGAGAGCGUGUUGUGCACAUCCCUACUAGCAUUUCUGUGUAUACAAUCAAUCGUGUUUAGUCCCCGGGGGUGGAUUGGAGAAAAUAGGACUACCCUCACAAUUAACCUAUUAUACACUGUCGGAUGCCGAAAACUAAGUGGAAAAAAAAUUGAAAAUAAUUUCUAUCUGCCAUUUUUAAGUUUUAUUUUAUUUUUGUAUUUUUUUUUGUUUAAAUUAUUUUUAAUUAAUUGGUUUAAUGAAAAUGCUGCAAGCGAAAAAUACACAACUUAUACACAAACAAUCAUAUACACUAUUGAAAGCCAACAACAUGAAAACACACACGGAAGCAAGCAGACGACAUUCACACCAACUCAUACACAAAAACAAAAACCCAAUCUGAGAAGAAGUAUAACAGAGAAAAAAACACAUAUGAAGAAGAACUUAUACACACACACACACGCGUAAUGACCAUUAAUAAAAGCAAAAUGAAUAGAAAAUCCUUUCGCGUCGCGAAGAAAACUUGGACGCGUCUGGAGAGGGGGGUCUGAAUUUUUUCCAAAGCUUUUUCAGGUGAGCUUUUUUUGCCCUUUUGCCACCAAUUUUUUCUGUUCUCCGUCGCCGUCGUUGUCUGUUCUUCCCUAGUGCCAGUAUUCUUUUUUUUAGUUUGUUCUCCGUCAAGACUUACCACCAUUCGUUCGCGCACACCCGCAGAAUCUUUGUUAAAAAAUUCAGACACCAUAUAAUGUAAUUAUAAAUUAAUUUUGAUUUCGUUACUUUUGUUUAUUUCUUCGAAAUUCCUUUCUCAUCCGUUUUGUAGUUUUAAUUUCACUCCUGUUUUUUUUUCUUAAAGAAUGGUAUGAACGGAUUCAACGAACAAAUUCAGCCCCGUCAGAGUUUGUACGAUGUGUGAUAUAAUGGAGACACUAAACUCUCACUAAACAAAAACAAAAAAAAAAUAGACUGAUCAAUAGGGGUGAUCGUCGAUUCGCUAAUAACUAAAAAAGAAGUGCUUUGAUUCGAACAGAAAGACUAUACAAAAUAUUACAGCCUACUAAACACAACACAGAACAGAUGAAAGUAAACACCAGAGGGCGGAACGUUUAUAAAACGAACCGCAAUUUUUUGCCAAGCAAACCACCCCUCAACUCUUCUGUGUGUGGAAAUAGAAACGAUAUACCUACUUUUGGAAAAUUGUAUUGUACAAAACUACUCAUCGGAUGAUAAGCCUAACAGUACUGAACAGUUGUAACGCAAAACAAAAAAAAGGGUAAAUGGUUUCCUCUCAAGCAAAGAUAACGAAGAUUCCUCUUUAGAUUGCAAUCUAACACGAACGAACGAACGAAAAGCGUGUCAUCCAUUUUUUUACUGGACUCGGGAGCAAUAUAGCUCCGUUCCGGGACACUGUUAUAAUCUACAGGUUCGGGGCUGCGGCAGUGACCUCGUCUACUCUGUCUGCGAGCCACAAA